AUGACCGCGACUUCCAUGAACGAUGCUGCUUCAAAGCACAGCAUCGAGGAUCAGGCCCAACGCUCCACUGCACCGGGAGGCUACUUGGAUCCCGCGCGGAGACCAGUCACAUACUUCGGCAAAUUGCGGUGCUUGCGCUUGGGCAUGAGUGUUCGCGUCAACGACUUGGUUGCUCGCCCUGGGAGUGAAGACUCCAUUAUUCAUUCGACUGCUGCGCUGCCUGUGAAACCUGCUGCGGCGUGUGACGUCUCCGACGAAUUCCUGUCGUCUUUAUCGCCGAGUCCACUAUCGCUCGGCCGUCGUUCGGUCGCGAGCCUCCGUGCCCGUGUUCUCACAAUGGCAUUCUUCGCCGAUGCUUCUGGACUCCAUGGAUGCCCCUAUCAGCGUACCCUGGGCUCUCCCGGAUCUCCAUCACCAUGUCCUCCCGAGGCCUUCCAGGACUUUAAUGUGAAUGUGCCUGUAUGCCCCUUGAAGGGUUUUGUGAUUCAGAGCCGCCAAGGACCUGGAUUGUAG